AAAGAUGAUGAUUCAAAGUUUUGGGCGACAUACAAGAAAGUUUCGACUGAGUACGAUGACGACUUCCUCGAGCGGGCAAAUGAUGAUAUGGGCAUUAUUCUGACCUUUGCUGGUCUGUUCUCAGCCGUCAACUCUACUUUCAUCAUCGGAAUGCAGCCUAAUCCAGGAGACACCACCAAUGUCCUUCUCCUGUAUCUAAUCCAGCUAACUAUCAAUGGCCCGAAUUCCGUACCUGAUAUCAACACUCUUUCGUCAUCUACAGUAUUUCCCUCCUCGACCGUCUGGAUCCAAUCGCUUUCCUACGCUAGCCUCACAUUCAGCGUCUUGGCCGCAUUUGGAGCUGUCUUGGGCAAACAGUGG